GGCGGGACUUCCGGGAAAGCGGUGGCUACGGAAAAGGCAAAUUUGUUGCCGCCAGUAGCUGAUGAUUUCUGCUAUCUGUCGACGCUCUGAUUCAGUGAUGUAGAGGAUAGACACCGAGUCGCUGUUUAUCUAAACAGGACCCAUGACCCUGACACGAGGUUCCUUCAAAUACUCCAACGGCGAGGAAUACCACGGGGAAUGGCGAGAAGGGCUGCGUCACGGCCGGGGUCAGCUGACCUUCAGCGACGGGACGUGCUACACGGGACAGUUUGAGAACGGACUCUUUCACGGCUGCGGCGUGCUGGUCUUCGCCGACGGAUCCAGGUAUGAAGGAGACUUUGUGCAGGGGAAGUUUCAAGGCGCCGGCGUCUUCACUCGUUUCGACGGGAUGAGAUUUGAGGGCGAUUUUAAAAGCGGAUGUGUGGAAGGCUACGGACUGUUAACGUUCAUGGACGGCGGCGGCGGCAGCCACGAGGGAGUGUUUGAGAGCGGCCAGCUGACGAGGAGGGACGGCAGCCAGGGGGCGGUCCAGAGGGCGCAGGCAGCCGCCACCAAGGCCCGCGCCCUGGCCAUGUGACCCAGAGGACAGCAGCAGCCUCAAGGACACGCCUCCAUCUCGUCUGUUUCUUUGACGACCGCCUUAUGAGCGUACCGUUUGACGUUCUUUUUCUUUCUUCCUGUUGUUUGUCAAGUGGAGGGCUGAGUCACUGAUUCCGGAUCAGCUGGGUCCAAACACAGUGGUGCUUAACCUGGUCCCGGGUCCACUGACCUGAGACGAGUCAUCUACUCAAAAGUGCAUUCAGACGCCAUUUCAGCGUCGAAGGACGACACGACACACAGAAUCAUGCCGCUGCCGCGACCUUUCCACUUUCAAACAGAACAACGUAGGUUACAACACGACGCUUGCAACAUUGUUGUUGUUGUUGCCAUGAUUCUGAGGCUGGUGCAUGAGGGGGUCCUUACAUUUUGGCCAGGAUCUGUAUUAAAGUGCAGAACAUGACACCAGAAUCAGAAUGGCAGCAGCCGACUGUUGGUUACCCUCCAAGAACCAAGAAGUAGUCUGCUAAGGAACAAACACAAAUACGACGCUCCUCUAGUUUUCUUGGGCCUUGGUGGAGGUCUUCACGCCAUUGGAUGACACUGUAGUUUUAUUUUAUCAGGAUAGCACUGAUAAAACAGCUUUGAUACACUCCUGUAGGGCACUGAUGUUGAGAACGUUCAAAAUGUACACUUAUAAAUCCAUGCAGCGUUGUAACUUCCUGUCCUGAACGCUCACCAUGACAACCACGGCCUGCUCUUUCCUUGAAAACGCUAACGUCAACCUUCAACCUUGAAAUGACCAAAGCCGACAUCUGACAUCUUAUUGGUGCUCCGGAGGCAGGCCAGUCACGUGGUGGUGGUGGUGGUGGGGGGCGGGGCUUAGCCUGGCCGCUUGCUGUCGUCGUCGCGAUUCACUCGGUGCCCUUUCAGCAUCUUCUGAUCCCAGAUCAGCGUCACCCUUGCCAUCCUCAGUGCCAACCGCGCAGUGCCAACCAAUCUCAGCUGCUCCAGGAUCUGUGACUUUCUCCUUAUCUGUAUGGGGGAGGGGGCACAUCAUCACAUGAUGAGUGCAAUGAGUUAGUGUGGAUGGAGGUGUUAUUUCAAAAUAAGAUGCAAGUGAUAAUCCGAGGUCGUCAAGUGCAACACUUGUGACUGGAUAAGGUGUUUGGGGUCUUUUUAAACAGCAGAUGUCUUAUUUUAGGACGCACAACCCCCCCCACCCACCGCCAGCACAUUUUGAUCUCUGUGCAUUGUGCAAGCGUUGAAGUCACUUUGAGUGUUUGUGUUGUGAAGCCAACGAGGCGUGUGAUGAGCUGUAACCAACACGCCAUGUGCAUGUCACACAUGGACUGUGCGUGUGUGCGUGCGCGCGUGCGUGUUAAAUAGUAAACAGUCAAUUGUCAGUCAUGUGAUUAUCUGAAGCUGCCAUUAAUUUGGAGAAGGGGGAGGGGAUGGGGGCAUUUUAAUUGGCUGUUAGCUGUUAGUCGUUUUUCACGUGCACUUAAACAAUGUGUCAGUCCACUUGUGUGUAUUGUUGUUUUUGUUGUGUGUGUUACACAGUCGAGGCUCACCAAACCCUUUAAAAGCGCCUUAAAGCCAUUUGAAACGUUGUCAUGUGACAUUAGCAUUAGAGUCAUGUGACGCACAACGAUGUCGCACACACACAACUUUGAGUGUGAAAACAAGGAAUCCUCCAUUUUACAUCGCUAAUGGGAAAAAGAAACAGUUGCUGGAUGUUUGCGAUCACCUAAGAUGAGUUGUGUCGCGCUAAUCGUGAGCUUGGAGGACCAGUCGCUCUUUUUAGGGAAACGCAUCAAAUUUUUUUGCUGCGCAGAACAAAAGGAGAUCAUUGAUAGCGAGCUAACACUAAGAUCAGCAUGGGGGAGUUUAUGCUAAUGUGCUAACUGGCUGCCAGCGUACGUAUACGUAAUCCCUCGUUUAUCCUGGUUACUUGCUUCCAGGUCCGGCCCAAUAAAUGUAUUUCUGCGAUAUAGCAGUCAAUAUUAAUAAAUUGAAUAUUUUCAUAGCAUGCAGCAUGACAACGUGCUGAUGUUAUGUUUAACAUUAGAGACCCGUAGACGUGAAAUAACACCCCAUAGUCACCUUUACACUCCAGUUAUUCUCUGAUUACAUCACAUUGCACAACUCUUAUGCUGCAGGGACUCGAGACAGCCACAAGAUAGCGAGCUAGCAAGCUAUCGAGCUAAACAGUUAGCCCCAAAUUUAUUUCUUCUAAAUGUAAGAAGCCAAAAAUUUACCAUUUCCACACGGGAUGGGAGGAUAAUUGUAAUGUAAUGUAAGGUAAUGUCUAGGGAUGCUCCAAUCAGGGUUUAUGCUGCCGAUCAUCCAUGAGUGAAAUCGGCCGAUACCGAUACUAAUACCGACCACAUGGUUUAAGUGUACAUUUUUAAAUGUACUAUUGGCUAUAUGAUAUGAAAGGGGAACCAUAAAACCACAUUCAUUUAGACAAAAACAUACUUGACUUACUUUUUGGAGAGAACAAAUAUCACUGGUGAAACGGGACACCUUCUUUAAAGAGACUUGGGAUGCAGUCGGCAAACCCGGUAUCCUCCACCGCCGACUAAGGCCGGCCUUCCGGUCCGAUGAAUUCAACCACCUUACGGGCUGUCCGCCUUAGACCUGUGACUGCCACGCAGAAAAGGGCGAGUGUCCAGCGUUGGCCACAUGAGCUGCCGCACGACCGAUGAUCACAUCGCGAGUCGCGAAAAAUAACACCCAUGUAGUCACCUUAACAUUCCUAUUACCCAAUAUAGUAGAUAUAAUCAGAGAAAGUAAGCCAUUUAAGACAGUUCACCUUGUAGGGGAGCAGAAUCAGUGGCGGACAGGAAGUAACGUUGAGGGUUUAGAGUUGAGGUGCAGCUUGUUGUGGGCUAUGGCCACAACAGGAACUCGUGUUAUUAUUAAGAUUAUUAUUAUGUUGUUAUUGUGCCUGUUGUGAGAUCAUUUAAACCUGCAAUAAAAGCCUGUUGUUCUGGCAAUCAAGUCUGGUGCUUGUCUCGCCAAACAAUUACUGACACCUAGUGACCAAUGUGGAAUGAUACGUUCACAAGUUGAAUGGUGGUCUUUAUGGCUUAUUCUCUAUUUGUAUUUUAGUUCAUUUAGCCAUUUUUGUGAUUAAAAAUGCUUAAUUUGGGCAAAAAAUAAGUAAAGUUUGGUUAAGUUUGUAUAUAUUUUGACAAAUAGCCAUAAUAAUAAUAAUGGCAGUAGUCAGUGAUGAAACAGCGAUCAUUUAUGAAGUGAUUUUUGAAAACCCGCAAUAGAGUGAGGGAGUGAUGUUGGAAUCGUGCUGUAGCGAGGGAUGACUGUAUAUUUCUUUUGUUGGAAUAGGAGGUGUUUAAAAAGUGUGAUUCGCAUGCUAGCAUCCUUCACACGUUCUGCUUGGCUAUCAUGCUACGCUAACGUGUACAAUGUGCGAUGCUAAAGUUGUUUGUUUUUGUUUAAAAGAUUAGCAUUCAUGCUAACCAGUGCUACGAAUACAUUAUACUUCCUCUGCCAAAGUAAGCAACCAAAACGUAAUCACAUUAUGUUGGAAAAUGAUCAAAACACGAUUUGAAAACAUGCAAACGAGCGUUUGCUAAAUGCUCAAACAUUUUCCGUAAUUUAAAAAGAACGCUUUGAGUGUCGAUCGAGUGCCCGAACAAAACAAAACAAGAAAACCUUUGACUGUGCUUGGAAUCCUUGAAUCGCUGCCAGGAUCUUCAAAGAAAAUACCUGCAAAUCCUUUCAGCCCUCAAAAAGAAAUGUGAUUUGCAAGAGAAGGAAGAAGAGGUUCUUGUGAAGAGACAGAAAGGAAGGAGUGAUGCUAACAUGAGCCCAAAGGGGGCAAAGGUCGGGCUAUGGCAUCAAAUAUUAACCCGUGUCAAGGUUUCACUCUGAGGAGCUCACGUUGGUCCUGAUGUCUUUACAGCAUCCAGGGAGGGUGUCCUCAAAGUCUGCACACAAAAAACACAUAUCAUACAAAUACAUCUUUUCUCCUUUUUAAUGCCAUUUAUUCAUUUUAAUAAGUCAGACCUUGAUUUUCAAACACCCCAGUUUUUUUCCUACACUGUCAUUACGGGUGUGUUUGCCCUGUAAAUCCAUCAUCAUACGUGAGCAGAUUUGUUAGCUGUCCUGCCCAGCCAUUGGGCCAGACAGUAUUGCUGAUCUAGAUGCAGAUUUUCUCUACCAGGGAAAAGUGUAAGGUACACUUUACCUGUUCUAUACAUUUUAUUUGACUUUAUUUGAUGCUUAAAAUUUGGAGCGGAUGGACAGGAGCAGGAGGAGAUAGAGAAGAAGAGAAAAGAAGACUGAGGGGGGAGCGCGGGGACAAUAGAGAGAGAGACAACACCAGCAAGAACAAUAACAAAGCAAUAUGUUGUCAUAUGAAUAUUCAUUAUUGGGGAGUACCUGGAAACUGCGUUUAAUACGUGUGUUGAAAUAUUUAUUUUGUUAAUAUUUUGGGUGUGAGAUUAGUUGGAUUGACAUUAUUUCCUGUGGGAAAAAUCGCUUUGUUUUUUGUCGGCCCUCAAUAUUAAUCUGAAUAUUUGAGUAUUAUUUAAUUAGAAUUUUUGAAACAGUAAUUAUAUUUGAUUAAUUAAUAACAUGAAAUGUUUUUGGGUUUUUUUGCAUAAUGUAUGUAAAAGAUAUGUGUAUUUGAUAUGUCUGGACAUGAGGGACAGCUUGUAGUGUUAAAAUAUGGAGAAGAUGACCUUGGUAAAGUUGGGUUAAAAAGCUGCAUCGCGACGUGUUGCACCUCUUAACAGUUGACAUUCACGCUAGUCAACGUCCCAGAAUGAGCCGGGACACACCUUGUAUUGACAUCGCCAGCGUGUAAGUCCACAUGAUCCUAAAGUCACAUUUUUGGAUAGAAUAUUGACAAACCCACACAAUCUAGGAAUAAUCUCAUCAAAAAUAAAAG